AUGUGGGCUUCAUUUUUUUCCAAUACAUUACGUUGCAUAAACUGUGACUCCGUCAUAUCACCUAAUAAACCAUUUCACAUGUGUCAUGUAUGUGAUAAAGUUAAUGCUUGUGAAAAUUGUAUUGACAUCGUUGAACCACAUCAUAAACAUGACCUUUACGAAGUAAUUUUGAAAAAAUCCACUUUUAAAGAUCCGAUAUGUAAUGGAAAAGAAUGUGAUGGUAAAAAACAAAUUAGGAAAAAUGCUUUUCAAUGUGUUGGUAAUCCAAAUAAAAAUUAUUGUGAAAUAUGUAUUAAAAAGAAGCAAUUGGAGAAUAGAUUUGAAAAAGAGAAGAAGAAAGACGAAGAAAAGGAAGAAGAAAAAGGAAAAGGAAAAAGAAAAGUAGAUGAAAGAAAACCGAAGGAAAGAAAAGUUGAUGAAGGAAAAACGGAUGAUGUAAAAAUGGAUUAUGUAAAACCGGAUGAUGUAAAAACGGAUGAUGUAAAAAUGGAUGAAGGAAAAAUGGAUGAAAGAACAACGGAUGAUGUAAAUAUGGAAGAUGUUAAACCAGAUGAUGCAAAAACGGUUGAAGGAAAAACGGAUGAUGUAAAAAUGGAUGAUGUAAAACCAGAUAAUGCAAAAACGGAUGAAGGAAAAACGGAUGAAGGAAAAACGGAUGAAACGGAUGAAGGAAAAACGGAUGAUGUAAAUAUGGAUGAAGGAAAAACGGAUGAUGUAAAAACGGAUGAUGUAAAAAUGGAUGAAGGAAAAAUGGAUGAAGGAAAAAUGGAUGAAAGAAAAAUAAAUGAUGUAAAUAUGGAUGAUGUAAAACCAGAUGAUGCAAAAACGGAUGAAGUAAAAACGGAUGAAGUAAAAACGGACGAUUUAAAAACGGAUGAAGGAAAAAUGGAUGAUGUAAAACCAGAUGAUGCAAAAACGGAUGAAGGAAAAAGGGAUGAUGUAAAAAUGAAUUAUAAAACGGAUGAUGUAAAAAUGGAUGAUGUAAAACCAGAUGAUGCAAAAACGGAUAAUGUAAAAACGGAUGAAGGAAAAACGGAUGAAGUGAAACCGGAUGAAGUAAAACCAGAUGAAGUAAAAACGGAUGAAAUAAAAACGGAUUAUGUAAAAACCGAUGUAAAAAUGGAUGAAGGAAAAGAAAAAGAAGACAAAGAGGAAGAAAAGAAAGAAGAAGAAAAAAAAGAAGAAUAA